AUGCCUUGCCAACACUAUUCAAAUGCCUGUUUAAUUAGAUUCGAAUGCUGCUUAAACCUAUAUCCAUGUAGACUAUGCCAUGACAAUGCCGAGAAACAUAAGGCGAACAGAUAUGAAAUUAGUCACAUGGUAUGUACUGUCUGUAACCUAUUACAGCCAAAAACACAAUCCUGUUCGCAGUGUCUUUCGGUCGUAUCUAAGUACUUCUGCUCCAAGUGCAACCUGUGGGACAGCUCUGGGGACCAAAUAUUUCAUUGCGACAAGUGUAGUGCAUGCAGAAAGGGAGAUCCUAAAGUUGCUUUUCACUGUGAUAUAUGUCAGACAUGCCUUAUAGCCACAGGAUCAAAAAACCAUAUUCACGUGGAAAAUACCACUUCUGGAAACUGCCCCAUAUGUGCAGAAGAUAUGCUUGGGUGCAUGGAGGUUCUAGUUCUCCUUAGGUGUGGCCAUUCUUUGCAUCAAAGAUGCUUUGAUGAAUUCAUAAGAGAGACUUACACUUGUCCCAUAUGCUCAAAGCCAAUAGGGGAUACCUCCACUAUUAACAAGAAGGUUGAACAUAUUCUUGAAAUGGAGCUUCUUUACCCAGGGCAGGAAAUCAAGAGUGUCAUUAGAUGCAGUAAUUGCAACAGUAUGUUGAAGUGUAGAUCUGCAUGGGAGAAAUGCCCUUUUUGUGGCUUCCACAGUAUGCUAUCAUCCUCAGCCAAAGAAAAAACAUAUAAAGAGAUUAUGGAUAAGUCUUGA